AUGUCGCACUGGCGAUGGUUCUUGACAAUUGUGGUGUUCAUACUGGGUAUAGGCUCGGCCUUUGCUGGAUACAAAAACAACUCGAUAGCUGUAGUUGUUGUUGGAGUUGUCACCGCAGUGGCAUCGCUGAUAUCGUCUAUUAUUUCUCAAUGGUCAGAGACUCAUAAAACGAAACAGGGCUCAUCGACAUACCCAACACCUCAUAACCUUGAUCAAACACAAGCACCCGCCCGCGAAACGAUUAGGUUGCCUGAGCUGUCAUUCAAACAUGGACCCUCAAUUGAGGCUUCGAGCACUAAUCGCCUGAAUCUAUCUGAGCAUAGGGUCUUCCAGUCGGCAGCGGGUAGAAUAUAUACUGGUUCGUCAGGCUUGGAGAUUAACGGAGGAGAGUCUAACGAAGUCAGGAAGCGUAAUAAUCAGUCCGAGAAAAAGGAGGUGUAG